CUGAUAUACGGGCUACACCCAGCCGCAGCCGCACUAGUGCCCCGGCUUUCUUUGCCACCCCAGCGUCCAAGUGUGGGUAAUAUCCGAGGCUCUCAAUUCGUUUGCAGGGCUUUUUUCCAAAAAUAAUUCCGCAUAGUCUUAUUUGACAACAACACCCGGCGAUUUUUUCACACAACAUCGCUUUCUUCAACAUGUCUUGGCAAAGCUACGUGGACAACCUGAUGGCCGAUGGCAGCUGUCAGGACAGCGCCAUUGUUGGCUAUGUGGACGCCAAAUACGUUUGGGCAGCACAUGCUGGUGGUACUUUCAACAAUAUCACGUCCCAAGAAAUUGAUGUCCUCGUAGGUAAAGACAGAGAGACCUUUUACACCUUUGGUCUCACUCUGGGCUCGAAGAAGUGUUCAGUGCUCAGAGACAGCCUCCAGCAGGACGGAGACUGGACAAUGGACAUCAGGACAAAGAGCCAAGGAGGAGAGCCUACAUACAAUAUCUCCGUGGGACGAGCUGGAAAAGUUUUGGUUCUUGUAAUGGGCAAAGAAGGGGUCCAUGGAGGCGGAUUGAAUAAGAAGGCUUACUCAAUGGCAAAAUACUUGAGGGAUUCAGGCUUUUAAUGUUUCCAGGCUCAUUUAGCAUUGGUUAUAGUCAUGGGAAAGGAUGCGGUCCAUGGUGGAAAUCUUAACAAGAAAACAUAUGAUAUGGCGGCGUUCCUGAGGACAUGUGGAUAUUAAGCAACCUCACCAUCCAUCAACUUAACAGCUCACUACAUGUUGUGUUGACACUACUUGCAGAAUUAAAGGGCAAAUAAUGUUUCUUCUUUCCCGCUCUAUUUUAUACACAGUCCCCACAAUCUUUUUUUUUUUUUUUUUUAAUGGGGGUGUUCCCCAUUAAAAACUUUCCCUACCCCAAGGUUGUACACACAGUCUUGACACUACAGUUACGGCAUGUUCAAUAAAAAUGUUGAAAUGUUAUAAACCAAAGGAGCGUGCAAAAAAAAAAAGACCACAAAGUGUAAUAAAGAACUGAGUUUGCCUUGUGUAACAUCUGCUUUGCUAAUAGCUCUUUUUAAAAGGCACUGCCCCAUUCCGCCCUUUAUCAGCAUGUCUGCAUUGAAAAGUUGCAUGCAUAAUCUGCUUCAUUGUAGUCCUCCCAGCCAAAACAUCUCAUCUGCCUCCAAAUAAAACAAAAAGGAAAAAAAAGAAA